AUGGAGCACCUUAACAGAUAUCUUCUGCUCGUUAUAUGUGUAUGUCAUAGCACGCAAGGUAUUGGUGUUUUCAGAAAUGGUACUGCCGUAGCGGUCAUUAAUUCGAAUCAAAUUGAUCAAACAUCUGGAAUAUGUCCCGGCGGUUCACAUCCCGGAUAUUUGUACACCCACAACGAUCAUGGGGAUGGUAGCCACAUCUACGUUCUGGACUCGAAGACCGGGCACAGAAUAUCAACCAUUACAAUAAGAGGGGCCCACAAUGCAGACUGGGAGGAUAUUGCAUGUGGACCUUGUCCAGGAGGAGGACAUUGUAUCUAUAUUGCUUCAGGAAUAGAAGUACACCCUAAAAUCACACAUGUGCCGUUAACUGGAUGGAAUAGCCAUGCAACCAUAGUUUUAAAAGAUCUCGUUAACCUCAAUAUACCAUUAACCGGCAUGGAUCCGACUGGUGGGGAUAUAUCGCCUAAUGGAAAAGAAGCAUUAAUAAUUACCCAUAAUGCCAUGUACCACUUUGAGAUACCAGAUGGCAUGGUUGUCUUAGCUCUUUCUGCAUCUAAUCCAAUUAAUGUUCCAUAUAUCCAGGAACCAAAAGGUGAAGCUGUAUCUUGUGAUAAGCAUGGCAACGGUUACUUCACUCUAGGUGAAGGUCAUGAUCAAACAUUAUAUUACUACGGACGCAACACUGACAUUGUUGGUUAA